AUGAAGACGGACCAAAUCGUAGGAACAUGGUUUCCAUCUGGAUACUAUGGUCAUUUCCGAAGCAAAUCAAGGAAUGAUUUUUGCAAUGAAUAUCGCAACCUUGCAAGACCUCAGCCACCCAAGAAAUUUUUCAACAGGUCAAAGCAACCAACACCAAGACAUGUGUUCUCUCACCAUGAUAACAGGGAAUCCUUCUUGAAUGAUGCUCUUUACUUUGAGCAGGGCUUGGGAAGGAAAAGAGUACCAAAUGAGACAUACAAUUUCAAACGGGAUUUCAUCACAUGGAUGCCAGAAAAGGAAUACAUCGAAAGGUCACGACCUCUAGUUUCAACCUACAAAGUUGACUUUAAGAACAAGAGGACAGAAAUCACCAAAUGUUCGUCAACAAUUUCAGUAGAGCAUAAGGAACAUCACAAUAUACCACAGAUAAUGGUAAAACGACCAAAGACUUCAUUUGAUGGCGUCCCAACAACAUCGUACAGGUAUUCUCAUGGUGAUUAUAAGAGCAACCCUAACAAGGAACUCAUCACAUCAGUGAACAAUGAAGCCUUACAGUUAAGUUUGCUAAACAGAAAAAACAGAGCUAUGUCAGCAAAAUCAAGUGGCAGAGAAUCUGUUGCAUCAUGCAUGAUUUGGAACAGCGCGAAAACUGAAGCACCAAGCUCUAAUGGAAAGUCUAGAAUUCCUGAGGCUACAGCAACCACGAUGUUUGUUCCACAUCCCCCGCCACCACGGGAAACUGCGCAACCCGAAAAACAGGUCACUGUUACAUCUCCACCCACUCAGAUGGAGCAGACGGUCUCUUCAUCUUCAAUGCCUGCUCCAGUGGUUGCCCCACUGACCAACAUACCACAACCAACGAUAGUGUGGACACCACCACAAGCAGAAGUAGCUUGCUAA